UUUAUAUCGUUAUUCAUGGUGAAGUUGAUAUCUAUAUGGAGAACAACGGCAGAGAAACUUAUAUAGAAACUCUUGGUCAAUCGAGUAACAUUGCAACUUACUCAACCAUUCAGGAUGAAGACUAUAAUUUUACCAGAAAGACAAAGAAUGACUGCACUAUCAUGCUCCUUAAGUUCGAUACUCAAGAGACUUUAAGAGGGAAGUAUGAAGAGAUAACCACUACCUUAUUGGAUAUGAAGGAUCCAUCGAAAAUAAUGGAGCUCCCUUCUGAGAUUUCCUUAUUUAUAGGAACAAGAAGAAUAGAUUCAAUCCUUUAG